AUGUACGAAAAUAUCAAUAAUCCAAUAUCAUUUAUUUCCCAUUAUGAGACGAUUUCAACGUCACCUGUACGAUCAUCAUAUGAAAAUAAUAUGCAGCAGCCUAUUUAUGUAUCACUUGAAUCAACUGCAUCCGAUGAUAUUUCAAAACCUCAUAGAGACACAAUACCGAGCAUUCCUCCAUUUCAAAGGAAAUUUCCUGGUUUAAUAGUAACGAUUCUAGGCAUUUUUGAAUUAUCUGCUGGAUUUAUUGUACUUACACUUGAAUUGCUUACUUUCGACAUUGCUUUUGGACUUUGGUGUGGUGGUAUUUAUACACUGGCUGGUGUUGCAAUAAUUGUGCUCGUUGCUGUUACCAAUCGCGAACGUCAUCAAACAUCAGUUAUAUUGAUUUUUCAAUUGAUUGCAUUGACGUUUACAAUUACUGAACUCCUAUUGCAUAGCGAUUUAUAUCGAAAAAGAUGUGUAACCAAACCAAAUGAACCCACGCGUGAAUUAACAUUUUAUUGUCAAUUUGUUAUUGUUCAAAUGGCUGCUGCCGUACUAGUAUUUAUUUGUACGAUUGUUUUUUCGAUAAUCUACUUUCGAAUAACCAUGAUUGUACUUAAACAAUCACAUGGAACUUUCAACAUGUCGAAUGCGAUUAAUUUAACGGCUUGUUAA